AUGGAAUCAGUCCCAUCAGAAAAGAUGGAAACGUACCAUGGCUACGUUCGCACCCCUGCCGACGCCAUCAAGCUGUUCGAAGCCUGCCGCCUUGGUAUUCUACCUCGUGUCCAGCGCCGCCUCUCCGAAAAGGAACGUCAGUCCAUUCGCUCCGGAUCCGUCUUUGUCUGGGACGAGCGCGAGGCCGGCAUGCGCAGAUGGACCGACGGCAAGUCCUGGAGCGCAUCUCGCGUCUCCGGGAGCUUCCUGACCUACCGAGAGAUGGAGGGGAAGCGCGGCGGCGGCUUCGGCACCGGCCGCCGUGCGGGCAAGGACGGCCGUCUAAGUGACGAGGACAUGGAUGACGGCGAGCCCGAGGGCUACCGCUACAAGGCCGACGGCCUUAUGAAGCAGUCCUUCAGCAUUACCACCCACAACGACCAUCACCUACAUCUGAUCUCCUACUAUUCGCGUCCUCAGCCUGGUCACGCCGAGCUCCCGCAGCCCACCAGUGACCCCAAACUACGCAACAUUGUCCCCCGCAAGGGCAUGUAUCCUGAGUCCAGCAUGGGUGAGGCCAAUCAGACACCUGCUCUAACCCGUGCUCCCAUGCAGCAGUCUCCGUACAUGAUUACUCCUCAGCAUCACCAGCACCAACAAGCCUACGCUCCGCAGUAUGCGCAACCUGGCUACAGCUGGCCUCCUUCGCCCGCGGCCACGCCGCCCUACAGCCACUACACCACUGCGCCCUUUCCCGCUGCUGGCUUGCCUCCUCUGCACGGCCGUCAUGGCCAGCAGUCGCCUCCCACUUACGGUCUUCCUAGUUCCGCCCAAGGGGCACACACUCCUCAGCCUCACUACUCGUACCCUCACCACUACGAGAAUUCGUUACCGCCUCUGCAAAGCACUCCCAAGACUGCUUCUUCAUACCAGGGCUUCCCGGGCCGUCUGUCUCCCCCUCACGAGCCUCUGCCUUUCAAGGAGCACGCUCUGGCGAGCAUUGACCACCGCGGCUCUCUCAGUCAUGGCCCUCUUCCUGGCCUCAACUCGGUGACCAACGGUGCGCCUGCUCAAAUCGGCGCUGGCACCCCGCCCACGAGACAUGCCAGUGUGAGCCCCCCUCGCACAGCGAAUUCGGACCUGCCCAACAUCAAUGGCCAUCGCUCUAGCCUGGGCUCCAUCCUCCACCAUCCUACGCCCGCCUGCAGCGAGUCUGGCAGCGGCAGUGGACACAACAGUCCCAGGAGCAACAGCAUCAUGAGCGUGGAUAAGCUGGUCUGCCCACCGAACGAGGACACGCGAGCCCUGAGAAUGCUUGACCGUAAAUUCUGCAUCUAG